UACAGAGAGAUAUUGAGUAGACGAAAUGGGAAAUUACAGGAUUUGAAGUUAGACGAUGCAAUUGGUUUGUUCGGUAACAUGGUCAAGUCUCGUCCUUUUCCUUCAAUCAUUGAGUUUAACAAAUUGUUGAGUGCCAUUGCCAAAAUGAACAAGUAUGAUGUUGUCAUCUCCUUGGGCGAGCAGAUGCAGAAACUGGGGAUUUCACACAGUCUCUAUACAUACAGUAUUCUCAUAAACUGUUUCUGCCGCUCUUCUCAACUCUCCCUUGCUUUAGCUGUUUUGGGGAAGAUGAUGAAACUCGGCUAUGAGCCCGAUGUUGUCACGCUUUCUUCGCUUCUCAACGGGUACUGUCACGGCAAGAGGAUAUCCGAUGCGGUAGCUUUGGUUGAUCAGAUGGUGGAAAUGGGAUAUCAACCUAAUACCGUUACAUUUACAACUCUGAUUCAUGGCCUUUUUCUCCACAACAAAGCUUCCGAAGCUGUGGCUUUAGUUGACCGAAUGGUUCAAAGAGGCUGUCAGCCGAGUCUCGUUACUUAUGGUGUGGUAAUUAAUGGACUCUGUAAGACUGGUGAUAUUGAUUUGGCUUUAACUCUGCUCAAGAAGAUGGAACAAGGUAAAAUAAAGGCUGAUGUUGUAAUCUACAACACAGUCAUUGAUAGUCUUUGCAAAUACAAACAUGUGGAUGAUGCUCUCAACCUGUUCAACGAAAUGGAGAAGAAAGGAAUUAGAGCCAAUGUUGUUACCUACAACUCCCUCAUAAGCUGCCUUUGUAAUUAUGGACGAUGGAGUGAUGCCUCUAGAUUACUCAGUGAUAUGAUCAAGAGGAAAAUCAACCCUGAUUUAGUCACUUUUAAUGCAUUGAUUGAUGCAUUUGGCAAGGAGGGGAAGCUUGUAGAGGCUGAAAAGCUGUACGAGGAGAUGAUCAAAAGGUCUAUAGAUCCUGAUAUUGUCACUUAUAGCUCACUCAUCAACGGGUUUUGCAUGCAUGAUCGUCUAAACGCGGCCAAGCAGAUGUUUUCUUUGAUGGUUAGCAAGGGUUGUCUCCCAGAUGUAGUGACAUAUAGUACUCUAAUAAAAGGAUUUUGUAAGUCUAAGAGAGUGGAAGAAGGUAUGCAAGUCUUCCGCGACAUGUCUCAAAGAGGAUUGCUUGGCGACACAAUCACUUACAACAUUCUUAUCCAAGGGUUAUUUCAAGCUGGAGAUUGUGAUAUGGCUCAAGAAACUUUUUGUCAAAUGGAGACUUUUGGUGUCACUCCUGAUCUUUGGACUUAUAACAUUUUGUUAGAUGGACUUUGUAGUAAUAAGAAGCUAGAGAAAGCAUUGGUGGUAUUCGAGUAUAUGCAAAAGAGUAAACUGGAACUUGAUAUUUUCACAUAUACUACUAUGACUGAAGGGAUGUGCAAGGCUGGUAGGGUGGGAGAAGCCUGGGAUCUAUUUUGUAGCCUCAGCCUUAAAGGAGUGAAGCCUAAUUCUGUAACCUACAAUACCAUGAUCUCAGGCUUGUGUAGUAAAAGCCUACUACAGGAAGCGAAUGACUUGUUUAGAGAAAUGAAAGAAGACGGACCUCUUCCAGAUAGCGGUACGUAUAAUACGCUGAUCAGGGCACAUCUUAGAGAUGGUGACAAAGCAGCAUCAGCUGAACUCAUCAGAGAAAUGAGGCGUUGCGGGUUUGUUGGAGAUGCUUCAACUUUUGGCUUGGUCACAGAUAUGUUUUUUGAUGGGAGAUUGGACAAAAGCUUCUUGGAAAUGCUUUCUUAA